GUUGUGCUUCGAGCGUGCACAUCUACCGAUAAAAGUGACUCCAAUUUAAUUUCGUGUCGACGAUCUGCUUUUACGGAUUUCGUUUUUUCCGGAUUUUUUAAAUUCGUUCAUAAGAUAUUCUCAAGAUGCAAUUGAUGUUGAUGCGGACCGCAUCAUGGAUGGUCUCUAUGUUGCUAACGAUAUCGCAACCACUGUUCUGGAUUCUGAAUCGCAAACAGCCCCCAAAAAUACCACCAACGGACAAUCCUCUCCUCCAGCUGAGCGCCAGCGAAUUGGCCAAGAGGAUACGCCUUCGUCAGGUUUCGAGUGAGGCUGUAGUCACUGCCUAUAUCGAGAGAAUAAAACGAGUAAAUCCGCUCCUCAAUGCGGUUGUUGAUGAGCGAUAUGAAGAUGCCAUCAGAGAAGCACAACAUUGUGACAAAAUGCUCGGGAAUGGAGAAGUCACCGUUGAGGAGAUUGCUGUGAAUAGGCCGUUGUAUGGUGUGCCUAUCACAGUUAAAGAAAGUUGUGCAGUCAAAGGUCUCAGUUACACCGGGUGCACCACGAUGCGACGAGGAAUCAAAGCAAACGAAGACUGUCUCGCUGUAGCAAUUAUGAAGAGAGCUGGCGCAAUCCCACUGUGUGUUACUAAUACUCCAGAAUUAUGUAGUACUUUCGAAUCGACCAAUUGCGUGUAUGGCACUACAGUCAAUCCAUAUGAUGGCAGACGAUCCGCCGGUGGUUCUUCCGGAGGCGAGGGCGCACUCUUAGGAGCUGGCGCUUCACUCAUAGGUGUUGCUUCCGAUACUGCGGGGUCCAUUCGAGUUCCCGGUCUCUUCAAUGGGAUCUUUGGACACAAACCUACACCUGGACUAGUACCACUCAAGGGACAUUAUCCUCUUGUCAACAAUGCCAAGUUUCAAAAAUACUUGGUCAUCGGCCCAAUGGCAAGAUACACCGAGGACUUGAUUUUGGCUUUCAAAGUCAUGUCCGCGGACUGCAAGGAGAAUCUACGUCUAGAUGACCCAGUCGAGCUUUCCAAACUCGAUGUAUUCUGUAUAGAUGAUGCUGAUCCUAGUUUUGGAUUUACGCCUCCUAACGGAGAUAUCAAAGGCGCAAUUCAUCGAGCUGCUAAACAUUUUGAAAAGCUCGGCGCAAGAGUCAGUAAGCCUGACAUCGGGGGGAUAUCUGACUUCUUUCCGAUAGGAGUUGCAUGUUUUCUAGACCUGGAGGAUAAACCAACUAUUCUGAUACACCCCAAUAAUAAACAGGAGCGUGUGAAUUCAACCCUAGAAUUCAUCAAGUCGUUAGUAGGACUGUCCCAAUACAGCAGACAUGCGAUCAUGAUGGGCAUGUUCCAGGACGUGAAUGGACUUAUAGCUCCAUCAGACGUGCCUAAGUACAUCAGAAAAGCGGAGGAAUUGAAAAUCACACUCUUGAAACACCUUGGGGAUAAUGGAGUAUUUUUAUAUCCAUCAUUCGUGAGUACAGCCCCACUUGUCGGUCAAACUUUUCUACAAUCAACAGGGGGAAGUUAUUCUCUGCUAUGCAAUGUUCUUGGUUUUCCAUCGACUCAGGUGCCCAUGGGGCUGAAUGCUCAGGGUCUGCCUGUAGGAUUCCAGGUGUUUGCUGCUCCACAUCAAGACCGAUUGUGUCUAGCUGUAGCGAAGGAACUGGAGCGAGUAUUUGGUGGAUGGAUACCACCGGCGACGAGUUGAGCACAACAUGGAGCUCAUGGGAAUUUUUCAUAACUAGGAACGAAGUGAUGAAACGAAAACAUUCGAUGUUUUCUUCUGAUAAAUGUCUGGAUGACAAAUGGUUUUCGCAAAUAUGUGAAAAAUUCCCUCUACUGCCGGAGGAAUUCCCAAUAAACAUGUACUGACAUUUCAACUUCUCAAACUCACGUGUUUCCGAGAUGAAGAUAUUAUUAAUAAUAGUGGAAAAUUUGACUUUUCACAAUUUUUUACCCAUAAAUAGAAAAAUCCCACUAUUAAUACUUUGAUAAAUGGGGAAAACCUGCCAUGUAAAUCAGAUUUGAACGCAUCGCCUUCAAUUUUUAAGAGAAGUGCUGUCUUAAUUUGUUAAUAAAAUCGAUUGAAAAAAUUGAAAAACUUAAUUUCAAAGUAAUUUCCCAGAUUUUCUGCGCAGUUUUCUCAAUGGAAAUAUUCAAUAGAAAAUGUUCUUUAGAAAAAAUCAA